AUGGCAAUGUUUGCUGACGAUACCAAAUGCCACCAUCCUAUUAAAAAUUCCCAAGAUAAGGUAACCCUUCAAUCCGACCUGGACAACAUUACCAACUGGUGUCACGACUGGGAAAUGGAGUUAAAUCAAAGUAAGUGUGGAGUGCUACAUCUUACAAGAUCUCGUGAACCAACCAUCACACAGUAUACGGUGCUUGGUACCCCAGUUAUCCGACCUAACAGUCAGAAAGGUCUUGGCAUAUCUAUAACUGGUGACCUCAAAUGGAACAAGCAAGUGCAGGAGAGUGCUGGGUUUAGUGAUGCGAACAACGUAGAUGAUUGGUAA